AUGGCCAUCUCGCUACUGGCGACGCUCGCCGUCAUUGGAAUAAAAGCCCUCGGGACGGAUGCUGACGACGCACUCCUCUUGCCGCUUCGCGCGCAUGCCUCGUUCCCUUUCAACUCACCCGACAGGCCCAUAGUGCACUUUCCGCUCGCCCCCGUCCACAAUUGCACCGCACUGUUGCUAAGCGACGACCGCCUUUACGUGGGUGCACAGGACGCCGUGCUCUCAUUGGACGUGACCGAAGGUGACGACAUCACGCUGAGGAGCAAUGUAACCUGGCAACCGUCGGAGUCGGAUGUGGCUGAGUGCGAAAGAAAAGGGAAAAACGCCACGGCCGACUGUGGAAACUUCGUGGCGGUGUUGCAGCUCCUGAACGCCUCGCACCUGUACGCCUGCGGUAGUUUCGCUUUCAACCCGCAUGACUCCUUCUUGGACGCCGACACCCUGGCCAUGACCUCCCCGCAGGUCAGCAGAGGUCGCUGCCCCUUCAACCCGUUCCAGAGAAGCGCCGCCCUGGCUGCCGACGGCGAGCUGUUCACCGCCACCACAAAGGACUUUUGGGGGAACAGUCCGCUCAUUGCGCGCCAUUUCAGCAAAGACGGACACCCGGACGUCACCCAGGAGUCAUCACCUUUUCUGCUGGAAGAGCCGAACUUUGUGGGCACUGCGCUGGAUGCCGUCCAAAGAAAAGUCUUCUUCUUCUUCAGCGAGGUGGCCAAGGAGUUUAACGUCCAGGAGGAGAUGCGUGUGGCACGUGUGGUUAGCGUUUGCCAGGACGACGUGGGCGGUUCCCAGAUCCUCCAGAAGAAGUGGACAUCACUAGUGAAAACAACUCUGAGCUGCCUGUCGCCCUUCAACGUCCUGAUAGACGUCUUCACCCUGCCACCAAUUGAGGGCGAAGACCCCACCGGCACGCUCUUCUAUGCCAUUUUUGUCUCGCAGUGGUCUUUUCGGCCCGAGUCAGUGGUUUGCUCAUUCAGGUUGGCGUCCAUCAGGGAAGUGUUUGCCGGGCCCUACAGAACUUUCGACGCCAAAACGGACCAGUGGAACCCCUUGCUGACCAGGAGACCCUUUGGUCAGUGCGAUCUGGACUCCGCGUCGCACGACAAAUUAGAGGAAGUGAAACGGACUUUCCUGACGGGCGGACGCGUGGCUCCAGACCAGGGAGGUCCCCUGUUGGUCUCCGCCCACCAACGCUACAGUCGGAUGGCGGUCAUGAGAGUACGGGGAUCUGACAAGCGAAGCUACCAGGUUCUUUUCCUUCUCACAGAAAAUGGACUCCUGCACAAAGUGUUUCUUUCCGCGCGGGGUCCGCGGCUUAUCGAGGAGAUUAAGGUGUUGGAGCGCGGCGAACGCGUUACGGCCUUCGUGCUGUCGGCCUCUAAGGGCAUGAUGUUCGUCGGCUCCUGGAGCGCGGUCACUGCCGUCCCCGUGGCUCGGUGCUCUGCCUAUACAACGUGCGGGCGUUGCCUAAUAUCCAGAGACCCUUUUUGCGGGUGGAGUCAAAGCGGGAAGCGGUGUGUUCAGUUGGAACAUCAAAAACCCCAAGACACGGAAGAGGAAGAACAAACGUUUCAACUUCUGGAGGGUGGUGAUGUGCUGAAGGUAUGCGGUGGAGAAGGCAGAUCACCUUUUGUCAAAAAAGUGGUAGCGAGCGCCAACGAAGUCGUCAAGCUUGCCUGCUACAAACCUUGGGAGUCAUCGACGUUGACGUGGACUUGCUCUCGAUUCCCCGUUCUUCCAAGGAAUCUCUUCAUUCAAUCGGAUGAUGGCAGCCUGACCUUCAUAGCCAGUGAAAACACUUCGGGCGAGUACCGCUGUAAGGCAGAGGAAAACGGUUACACGGAAGCGGUGGCUAGCUACGACGUCAUCCCGGCGAGCGGACCGCGUUCCAUGCGACCCGGAGCGCAGGUUGACGAGCCCAUCUGGGUGGAGCCCUCUUCUCCGCCGGGGGCGCAUUGUGAAAGGCGGGGAUACCACGGCGCUUUGGUGGGCUUGGCUGUCUGCGCCUGUUUCCUGUUAGCGGCGGUUAGCAUGGUAUGUAUUGGAAGAAAGCUCAAGGCUCGCCACGUGAGUCCGUUCUACGCUAAGGUUGAUAAACAGAAGGGGGGAGUUCCGGAAAUGGGGGUGGAGCUAAGGCAAGAACCUGAAAAGCAACACCUGACUGACACACCAGCUUAG